UUGGAAAGAUCAGAGAUCGAGAGAUGGGAAAGAGCGUGGGGGAGUUGGGAGUGGAGGAGUUGGUGAAUGCAGGAGGCCUAAGAGUGGAAGAAGGCAAUGAAUUGUACCAUGCUUUGAGGGAUAUCCUUUCUGAGUUUCAGUCUCCUUCACACAUAUGGCGCCAAAUUGUGACUCGGAGACUGCUCAAACCAUCCUAUCCACACUCCUUGCAUCAGCUUCUCUACUACUCUGUUUAUCACUCUCAACAUUCUUCCCUCCCACUCUAUUGCUUCCCUUCUCUAGAUCAAUCCAAACGCUCCAACCUAGGCCGUCUCAUGGAAAAACAUGGACCUGAGCUUUUAGGACCUUCCUACAAAGACCCUAUUACUAGUUAUCCUCUAUUUCACAAGUUUUCUGUUCAACACCCUCAGCUUUACUGGUCCCUUGUUCUCAAGGAACUUUCAGUUUCCUUUGUUGAACCUCCCAAGUGCAUUUUAGAUACUUCUGACCCUUCUAAACAUGGAGGGACUUGGCUCCCCGGUUCUGUCCUCAACAUUGCUGAUUGCUGUUUGCAACCCAGUUCACACCCCCACAAAACAGAUGACACUUUAGCCAUCGUUUGGAGAGAUGAAGGUUUCGAUGAUUCCGAGGUUAAUCAUAUCACGCUCAAACAACUCCGCCACCAAGUGAUGUUGGUAGCCAAAGCAAUAGAUGCCACAUUCUCAAGGGGAGAUGCAAUUGCAAUUGACAUGCAAAUGACAGCCAAUGCCGUAAUAAUCUAUUUAGCCAUUGUCCUAGCAGGAUGUGCUGUGGUCUCAAUAGCGGAUAGCUUUGCACCAAAAGAAAUUGCAACUCGCCUCCGUGUUUCCAAAGCAAAGGGUAUUUUCACACAGGAUUUCAUAGCAAGAGGUGGCAGGAAAUUCCCUUUGUACAGUCGAGUCAUUGAGGCGGCUACAUGUAAAGUUAUUGUGCUCCCUGUGAUGGGUGAAGAUGUAGGAGUACAAUUACGAGAACAAGACUUAUCAUGGAAAGGUUUUCUCUCUUCUGCCAAUCAGACUCAGAAUCCCAGGUCUGAUCAUUACUCUCCAAGCUAUCAAUCAGUUGAUUCUGUCACUAAUAUACUAUUCUCUUCUGGAACCACAGGGGAUCCAAAAGCUAUUCCUUGGACUCAACUUGCACCAAUACGAAGUGCUGCUGAUGGAUGGGCUGCCAUUGAUAUUAAACCUGGAGAUGUGUAUUGCUGGCCUACAAAUUUAGGAUGGGUGAUUGGACCAACAGUAUUGUAUCAUUGCUUUCUAACUGGUGCAACUCUGGCUUUGUACCAUGGGUCUCCUCAAGGUCGUGAUUUUGGAAAAUUUGUUCAGGAUGCAGGUGUCACCAUUUUGGGAACAGUUCCAAGCUUAGUAAAAGCUUGGAAGAGUACACAAUGCAUGGAGGGCUUGGAUUGGACAAAGAUAAAAACAUUUUGUUCCUCUGGAGAAACAUCAAAUGUUGAUGAUGAUCUAUGGCUUUCUUCAAAAGCUUAUUACAGUCCAAUUGUUGAAUUGUGUGGAGGCACUGAGCUUGCAUCUAGCUACAUUGCAGGAAGUCCCUUGCAGCCUCAAGCUUUUGGAGCAUUUAGCACAGCAUCAAUGACAACUGGUUUUGUCAUUUUAGACGAAAAUGGAGUUCCUUAUCCAGAUGAUGUUGCUUGUGUUGGGGAAGUGGGCUUAUUUCCUCUCUCUCUGGGAGCAUCUGACAGAUUGCUUAAUGCUGAUCAUGAGAAGGUUUACUUUAAGGGAAUGCCCAUUUAUAAGGAGAAGAUUCUUAGGAGGCACGGAGAUAUAAUAAAAAGAACAGUUGAUGGAUAUAUUGUUGUGCAAGGGAGGGCUGAUGACACCAUGAAUCUUGGUGGAAUAAAGACAAGUUCAGUAGAAAUUGAGCGUGUCUGUGAUGGAGCGGAUGAAUGCAUUCUGGAGACAGCUGCAGUUGGUGUUGCAAUUGCAAAUAGAGGCCCAGAACAACUGGUUAUAUUUGUAGUUUUAAAGGAAGGAUACAAUUCAAGUGCAGAAACUCUAAAGAUGAAAUUCACUAAAGCUAUUCAAAGCAACCUUAACCCUUUGUUUAAGGUAAGCCUUGUUAAAAUUGUGCCAGACUUUCCUCGAACAUCUUCCAACAAAAUACUGAGGAGAGUAAUGAGGGAUCAAAUGAAGCUCCAGCUAUCAGUUCAGAGCAGACUUUAGUGACACCAUUAAUUCUCAAAAGACCAGCGCAUAGCAGACACCAACAUUCAGCAUCUUCAUGUGGAAAAAUAAGUGAAGGAUUAUUUGGUUUGAGGGAUGAACAUGAUAGAUAGUCCUUGGAAUUGGUAUGCAGAUUUUCACUGUAAUAUAGCAUAGACUAUUUAUUAGUUGAAGUCCUUGGUGUGUAAUCAAAGGCAAAAGCUAAGAAAAGAAGUGCUACCUGUGGUGGGUGAAAAUAUAAGAGAUGUAAUAAUAUAAAUAUUUUUAAGUACAUGUAGCAAAAAAUAAGUAUAUCUGGUUGUAGAAUUACAAUCAUUCAAUGCUCUAUACGCAAUUCACCUUUAUAUAAUAAAAUAAAGUCUUUUUUUU